AUGAGCUGCGACGCGCCGAAUCGUAAACGACGCGAUAAGGAUUCCGAUCUCCCACGACGCUCGCAGAAUCCGCGGAAGAAAAACAAAGGAGCUCGGACUCAAUUUCAACAAGAAACGAGUGAAAACGAGGACGACGACGAGGAUGUUGACGAUGAUGGACCUUGCGUUGCUGGCCAAUGCAAGCGUCCAGACGGCAACAAAUUCGAGCGGGUCUAUUUCGAGCGCUGCGCAAAAUGGUACCACAUGUUCUGCCUCAACGUUAACCCGAAAGACGUCCGCGACGACCCGAAGUUCGUCUGCUCCGACUGCCAGAUCCUCGAAGCUGCAACAAAAUUCAACGACUGGUUGGAGAAAACUAGAACUGCCGAAGCUACUAAAAAGGCUCUGAUCGUUGGAAAAACGAAAGUGGUCGUCAUCAAGCUCAAUGGUGGUCGCGGUACUUCCACGGGCUUCACUUGUCCCAAGUCGAUCAUUUCCGUCAGAUCUGGAUUGAACUUUUUGGACUUGACUGUUCAGCAAAUCGAGCACUUGAACAAGACCUACGAGACCAACGUCCCCUUGGUUUUGAUGAACUCCUUCAACACCGAAGAAGACACCCGAAAGAUCCUCCGAAAGAACAACAACUGCCAGGAUCUCUACAACCUCAAGGAUGGUACCCACGGUGACAUCUACAUGGCCCUUUACGACUCUGGUUUGAUUGAAGAGCUCAUAAAGCAGGGCAAACAUCGACAAUCUUGGCGCAACCGUCGACAUGAACAUCCUCGCCCACAUGUCAACCCAGACAACAAGCACUGCAUGAAAAUCUUUAGCGAGUUCAAGAUUUUCAACACUAAUAACUUUUGGAUGAGACUUGACGCUGUUGACCGACUCUGA